CGCUUCCGCCUCCUCGCCGCCGUGCGGAGGGCAGUCCGCAGUUCUGCAGCUGUGGCCACCUUCAGAGAGCGGAGGUGGCCGGGGCAGCUAGCUUGGGCAGACGUUGAAGUCGCUCCUAGCUGUCUCCUAAAGAAUGCCUAGGUGUCAGGUGGGAGUGUGACUCGGCUCUCCGCCGGCCCGUUAGAAAGUUUCCGCAUCCUUGACCUCCCUCGCCUCUUCUCCACACACGCGUGCUGACCGGCGAUUGCCUUCAACGGACUAAGUGUUUCGUUUGACUCCCGCCGUGGGUCAGGACAUCAAUGCAAGCCUGAAGAAAAAGUAAUUGCUCCAUUUUAAGCCAUGGCAUAUCAGUUAUACAGAAAUACGACUUUGGGAAACAGUCUUCAAGAGAGCCUUGAUGAGCUCAUACAGUCUCAACAGAUCACCCCCCAGCUUGCCCUUCAAGUUCUGCUUCAGUUUGAUAAAGCUAUUAAUUCAGCAUUGGCUCAGAGAGUCAGGAACAGAGUCAAUUUCAGGGGCUCUCUAAAUACAUACAGAUUCUGCGAUAAUGUUUGGACUUUUGUAUUGAAUGAUGUUGAAUUCAGAGAGGUGACAGAACUUAUUAAAGUGGAUAAAGUGAAAAUUGUAGCCUGUGAUGGUAAAAAUACUGGCUCCAAUACUACGGAAUGAGUAGAGAAAUGCAGCUUGUUUAUGCCACCUUCUGUUAUUUUCAUCGAUUGUUGAAGAAAAACAUAGAAGAGACUUUUUUUUAAUUUAUUCUCACGGUGCAGAAAUGACAACACUGUGCUAUACUACCCAAGGGUUCCACAGAGGAAAAGCAUGUGACUCUGUUCUCUUUCAUGACCUUUAGUACACAACAGAAAGAAAUGUAACUUUUUUUUAUGACAAAUCAAAAGUGGUUGCCUUCCUAAGAAUAUUCUUCAAUAAACUUGUUUUAAAACUU